AUGAGUACUAAUGUUAAUGAUCAUGACACCGAACCUUAUGAAGGAUGCGUUCGCUCACAAUACAAUGUUAUGGAAGACAGUGACGAAGAUUCAGAUACUUCAGAAGAUAUUGUUUCAAAAUCCGAAGCUAAAUCAAAAGAAGUUAAAGAUGAUGAUAAAGUAGCAAGUAAAUCAUCAUGCUGCUUGCUAAUAUGA